AUGGUGGCUGGAAUGGUGAUGCCUCUAGACGACUUGAAGGCCAUCUAUGAGCGCCUUUUUCGGGAUGGAGUUAUGGUGGCCAAGAAAGACAAACGUCCUCAGACCAAGCACCCCGAAAUCCCAGGGGUGAGAAACUUGCAGGUGAUCAGAGCUAUGGGCUCCCUGAAAUCCAGAGGGUAUGUGCGGGAGACAUUUGCCUGGAGGCAUUUCUACUGGUAUCUCACCAAUGAGGGAAUUGUUUACUUGCGUGAUUACCUGCAUUUGCCCCCUGAGAUUGUGCCUACUCCCUUACAGAGGGUACGGAGACCAGCUGCUACCUUGGCCAUUGCCCACAGGGCUGCAAGGGUCCAAGCUGUGGCAGGUCCAACUUCAUAUGUUCCCAAGCCUGUUUCUAAGAGUGGUGCAGAUAGCCAGGCGGCUCUCAUGGAAAGGCAGGCAUAUCGUCAUAAGAGAGUGGGAGCUUCAGAGGAUGCAGUGUCAUAUGAGAUGACACCACGGUUUAGAGGUCGACCAAUACGAGCCGAUAAAUCCAAACCUGAAGAGUCAUGGGAGUCCAGGGACCAUGGUCAGUCCAUCCUCCAGAAUGGUCAAGAUUUCCCAAAAGAAAUGGAACAAAGCUGGAGGAGGGAUAGGCCUUCACAUCUGCCUCCACUUGGGGCAUGUAGUGCUCAUUCUACCCCAGAUAAAAGUAAGCAAGAAAAUGUCAUAGCAAGUGGGCAGAGGGGAAGCAUGCAGAUGUCUCAAGAUCAGAAAAAUGAUUCCCCUCGAAAGCCAAAGGCUACCUCAAAUCUGCCAGCACAACUCACCGCUGUUGCUACAACAAUAGGUGCAGUUGCUGCGCCUUCUGAGGCUUCUUCAUCUAUCAAAGCUGCUAAAGAAAAGCCCAAGAAGGAAGUAUCUAUGGAGAUUUCUCAAAGUGCUUCCAAAACCUCUAAAGAAACUAUCACCAAUAAGCCAGCAAAGGAUGUUGACCUGCCUCAGUCCCCUGAGGCCAAAAUGGGAAAAACACUGAAAAAAAUGGGAUCUAAAACUGCACCAGAACCUGCAACUGAAGUUGGAGAAGCCAAAGGACUAAAAGAUGACUCUAAAGCGGUGAAAUUCAAAUAUGUCACUCAAAUGGCCGAGAUAGAAUCUAGUGACGCAGAUCUUUCUCAGUUGGGUCAGAAAAAGGCUAAAAAGCCCUUGAGUGUUGAGUUGAAGAAUGUGUCCUUUGAAGACUCCUCACAGUUUGUCAUUACAGGAGGACCACCCGCUUUAUCUUCUGCUAAAGCCAUCAGCAUCAACUGCAGAUGCAGACCCAAAACCGACUAUCACCCACGAGAACAUAGUGAUGACAGAGCAAACAGCCAAUCUUGA